AUGGUGAGAUCGGAGGUUUUGUUCUUGGCUCUGCUAUGUGUUGCGGUUCAGACAGGACCAGUGAAUGGGCAAGAAGUUCAACCCGGCUGCGAAACUCGGUGCGGGGAUGUCACAAUCAAGUACCCUUUUGGCACAUCGCCUGAUUGUUACCUAAACGAAUAUUUCCUCAUCACCUGUAACGAGACCGAGCAGAAGGCGUUCUUGCGAGGCGGAAACAUCCAAGUUCUUAACAUCUCCCAUGACGGAGGGCUACGAGUCCUGCUGGAAAAAUCAUCCCUUUGCAACAACUGCAACACAAAUACUACUCUUCUCCAUCGCUUCGAGUUUUUCUUGGCUAGUUUCACUCUAUCCUACACCAAGAACAAGUUCACUGCAGUGGGCUGCGACACUUACGCAUAUCUAACGGGUACAGGAGAUGACGAUUACUCGACCGGGUGCAUGUCGGUUUGCAAUUCGGACAACGCUUUUCAGGUUCAAAAUGGAUCUUGUUCCGGCAUAGGUUGCUGCCAAAUCCCUAUCCCUCGAAAAGUCAACCGCUUUAGAAUACUGCCGAGAAGCUUCAACAACCAUAGUACGGUAUGCAACUUCAAUCCUUGCAGCUACGCCUUCAUCGUCGAAGAUGGGUUCUUCAACUUCUGGGCCUCUCGAGAUCUUAAGGAUCUUGGGAAUGUCACGGAGUUCCCUGUCGUGUUAGACUGGUCCAUCGGGAACAAGACAUGUGACAAUGUCGGGGACACCAGCUUGUGCAGUCAGAACAGUAAAUGUGUCAACUCCGCUCGGGGACAGGGUUAUACAUGCCAGUGUCUGCCUGGUUUCGACGGGAAUCCCUACCUCCAUUCUGGUUGCAAAGAUAUCGACGAAUGCGGUCUAGGCACUCACAAAUGCAAAAAGCCGGAAUUUUGCAAAAAUGCAGUCGGAAGCUUUGAAUGUUUGUGCCCAAAAGGUUACGUAGGGAACGCCACCUUGGAGGGGAAUGGAUGCACGCGCAAGAAGAGCGAAUGGGCUAUAAUCCUUCUUGGAACUACGAUCGGUUUCUUGGUCUUUCUGCUCGGUGUGUGCUGUCUGAAUCUUGAGCUGAGGCGCCGGAAACACAUCAAACUCAGAGAAAAGUUCUUCGAGCAGAACGGCGGUUUCAUGUUGAGACAGCGACUCUACGGAAGACAAUCUUCUACUUCCACUCCUGGUGAAGAUAUCAAGAUCUUCACCGUAGAAGAGAUCAAGAAAGCGACAGACGAUUACGAUGAGAGCAAAAUCCUUGGCGAGGGAGGCCAAGGAACUGUCUACAAAGGGAUAUUGUCCGACAACAGGGAGGUUGCCAUCAAGAAGGCGAGGAUCGGAGACAGUAGCCAAGUCGAACAGUUCGUCAAUGAAGUAGUUGUGGUUUCACAGAUCAACCAUAGGAACGUGGUGAAGCUCUUAGGGUGCUGCCUAGAGACCGAGGUUCCAUUGUUGGUCUAUGAGUUUGUGAGUAACGGUACCCUUUUCGACCAUUUGCACACCUCCAAGUUCGGCACUUUUCUUCCAUGGGAAGAUCGGCUCAGGAUAGCUACGGAAACCGCCGAAACCCUCUCGUACCUACACUCCUCGACUUCUGUUCCUAUCAUCCACCGCGAUGUCAAGCCCGCUAAUAUUCUCCUGGACGACAACUUCUCGGCAAAAGUGUCGGAUUUUGGAGCGUCGAAGUUGAUUCCUAUAGAUCAAGAGCAAGUAACAACUCUCGUGCAGGGCACUAUGGGUUACUUGGACCCGGAAUAUUUCCACUCAAGCGCGCUUAACGAAAAGAGCGACGUUUACAGUUUCGGGGUUGUACUCAUGGAACUGAUUUCGGGGCAAAAGGCAUUGUGCUUUGAUCGCCCACAGAAUGCAAAACAUUUGGCAUCUCACUUCGCCUCCGCUCUCAAAGAGAACCGUCUCGAUGAAAUCCUCGACACUCGAGCGGUGAACGCAAAGAAUCGCGAGCGGGUAAAAGAAGCGGCCGUGUUGGCGGUAAGGUGCACGCGGGUGAAGGGAGAGGAAAGGCCUAGGAUGAAGGAAGUCGCUUCAGCGCUCGAGGGGCUGAAAGUUGUGGCGAAAGAUCGUCAAUGGAUUGAUCAAUACCCUGAGGAACAUGAACACUUGCUCGGUGAACAGAUCUUAAAGAGUGAAGGAGACAGCAGUAACAGUGGCUUUGUCUCGGGUUUUGACAGUAUCCACGUCGCAACCAACUUUGACAUCGAAUCAGGUCGUUGA